ACAAACGCGAUAAACAAAGCUUGCUCAUCGCACGUCGCAUCUAUCCAGGAGGGUGUUAAAAAAAAGACAGCUAACGUAGGCUAUCGAUGGGACCUUGCCAGAGGAUUUGUUCCGUUAGUUGUAGGAGGUAAAAGCCAACAAUCGUCAAUAUACCUCUUUCGAGCGGCCCCAUUCGUCCUUGAGCUCAGCGUAACUUCCGUAAUUAUCGUGCGUGCUAAUCCGUUGUUCCAACGUUGGUCGCUAUAAAACCCAAUUUGUGUUCUGCAAUUCCUAGUUUCUUCCUCUAGCCCAGGCGCAUGUAUGUGGCUCGACACAUACAACAGCACGCCUACCUAAUUUAAACGAGAAUUGCACAUGACGAUAACAGCCGCAUAACCGAGGCGUAGUGCACUAGAUACACUAGAUCAAGCAGUGGCGUCACUGAAUGGAACCUAAGCGGAACGGGACCUUUCCCAGUGUGGUGAUAGUACUCUACUGUUGCCUGUAAUAUUCGUCUGUGGCUGCCCGGCGGAAGAUGGUUGGCAUGAGCAAUUUCUCGCUCAGCUCUUCCGCGCUCGAGUCCAUGAUUGGUGUGAAUCUCGGCGCGACCGGGUACGAGCAGCGCCGUGAGCAGGAACGCAAGGCGCUGACCACCGAGCUGUUGGCCACGAUCCAGGACUGUCAGCGGCAGUACGGCAGUAAGACGGAGCUGGCCACCGAGCAUGACCAACGUAUUCUCGCACUGUGCGAUGUCUGGGAGCGCCUGCUUUCGCAUGGUUUGCGCUCGACAGGCUCGAUGCUGCAAAACGUCGUCGAAUUGGUUGGUGGAGGAGUAGGAGCGGGAGGAGCUGCAGUAGGAAUAGGCAACGGUUCCGGCGAUGGGUCGUUUUUUUGGGACUUUGCCUUUCGUCAUCUAACGAACCACGAAAAGGAACGCUUUAGCAGCCUGCGGCAUGUAAAAAACCGACGUGGCCGGGGUCGGGCGCUGUUGCGUGCCAUACUGAACGAGCGGGCGCUCGAGCGGUACGUGCUGAUAUGGCUAGGUGAUGAACAGCUUCUCACCGAAUGUUACGAACCGUGGGCAGUUCUACGCGAUGCGGAGGUACAAAGUUUGCUGCCGAACAUGGCAGCCGGGUUGAGCACGAUUCUUUUCGCCAUUGCCAUCGAUUUGCCGGAGCUGAACGUGGCUUCGGCGGGCCGCCCCGUGGAGGACAAACCGGAACCGAUCAUCGCGACCCGUCGGCCAGUUGGGCCGGUACGCAAGAUCAAUGCAGUCAAGCGUGAAAUACUCGAAGAUAUACCGCAACAACCCACACGCCGCACCGGGGUUUCCCCAUCGGCUGUCGAUACGACAAGCCAGCCGCAACCGAAUCCAGCGUAUGUGAACCGGAGCGACAGCAUCGAUAUCAUCCGAGAGCACACGCACAGCCCAGUCGAGCGGGAGGACACGCGUGGGGAAGCUUGCUCAGUCGAGGAGGCAUUAAAAAGCCUUCAUCUGACCCGAGAAUCCGGCCGUGGGCGCCAGGAGAGCAACUACGGAGAGGAUGAGGAACAAAUUACACUUCGCUACCGAGCAGUUGCGAAUAAGGAAGAUGCGAUUGCUUCCGGAUCGGGGGCGCAAUCGCCCGAAACGGCCGAAGACAGCAUGCUAUCGGGCUACGUCUGUAGUUAUUCGAUUACGACAACGACAACGGCGACCACCUCCACCGGGACGUCGGAGAGUGGUGAAUCGGUGGGUGAGCAAUGCAAUCGGCAAACGCGAGACGACCGAGACGAUCGGCUGAACGACCUGGUAACGCUAGCAGCAUCGAAUCGCCACGAUCUGGACCGAUACGACAAGCUGAAACAUAAGUAUCACGAACUCGAAGAACGCUGCCAUUUGCUAGAGUCCCGCGUGGCCGAACUGAGUCUGGAAAAUCAUCGACUGCGAAUGCUGACACGAUCCAAUCGGCUCUCGAUCGCAUUCUUCACGUUCAGCAUUCCGAAAGCGAUUCAGCGUACACCAGGCAGUAGUCGCACCAGGCGCCCUUAUCACGUCUACGAAAUUCGCAUCACGCCCUCCGGUGUCAGUGGGUCAACAUCCGGUAAUGAGAGCUGGUGCGUAUAUCGACGCUACAACGAAUUCUACCGGCUGCACCGACGCCUGCAGAAAGAAUAUCCGACGGUCAAAACGCUCGACUUUCCGCCGAAAAAGAAGCUUGGUAACAUGAAUGCAGACUUCGUGGAGCAGCGACGUCAGCGACUGCAGGUGUACUUGAACAGUCUGUUCGUGUCCGUGCUACCGGAGGUGUCCACGUGCAGUACGCGUACGCAACUCGAAGAAACGUUUCCGUUCUUCUGCGACCAACCGACGUAGCUAACCUGUGAUGGAUGAUAAAAGCUUCCUCUUUCCUGUCCGCGGAGUAUUGAAGCAUUGGCGAUAUUUCGAAUCAUCGCCACGUGUUGCGAAGGUUUAUUUCUAUAUUGUUUUUUUUUUCUUUUAAAACCACUGUCCCACGAUAUCACACGCUGCUGGAAAGAGUGCACGUCCGAAGAUCAGAAUAUUCAUCUUAGACGAAUACUUCUUAUGAAUUUGUAAUCCAACAGUGGACAGUUCAGUGCGCGUUUAAAAUGUGGCGAAAACAUUUAUGGUAGGAGGAUGUAUAUCUGUGAAUUUGCUUAUCACUUGUAAAUGUAAACUAGGCUAAGGUUUCACGAUAUUAUGGCUACGUGUUAAUGUUACUCGAAUCAAUGAAAUUUAAUAUAAAU